AGUCUCAAACCCAGGCCUGGUCUGUUUUGCAAGCGUUCCCGGAAGUCUCGCGAUGUUGCGCCUCUGGGCUGAGAAACUCUGUCAUUACUCUGUUGGCCGACUAGCAUGCUAGUAAAGAAAGUACUGAGCUGCAAAUGCUCGAUUAAGAUAUUGGCGUAUGCAGUCCUAACGAAGACUGAGGGCUUAUUUUUAAGUGUAAGACAGGAAACGGACGACUGGCAAGCUGGUAACGUUACAGUACAGGUGUCCUGCUGCAAUGUCAAGGCGGAGCAGGAACAGCCGGGCAUGGCGUUACGUAUGGAGUGGAAUACGGCGAGACGCUGAUUCCCGAGUGCUGGUACUGGCCUCAGAGAGUCAGGAGUGGGGCUACGAACGCUUACAGUACAGUGACUCAGACUCUGAGCCAGACUACCGGCUUGUGGUGCCACCGGUCCCCAGUGCAGUGCCCGUUACCGGAGAGUCAUACUGCACCUGCGACUCCCAGGCUGAGCCCAGCUACAACCCACGUCUCCGGGGCUUCCACCGCGUCAAAGACUGCCACUGUGGAGAGGAAGACCAGGACUUCGACUGGGUGUGGGACGACAGUAACCGCUCCACGGCCACGUUGAUGACCUGCGACAACCGCAAAGUCAACUUCCACACGGAGUACAGCUGCGGCACAGCAGCCAUCAGAGGUUCCAAGGAGCUGGCAGAUGGCCAGCAUUUCUGGGAGAUCAAGAUGACAUCACCAGUGUACGGGACAGAUAUGAUGGUAGGCAUCGGAACCUGUGACGUGAACCUGGAUAAGUACAGACAUACCUUCUGCAGCCUGUUGGGGAAAGAUGAUGACAGCUGGGGUCUCUCCUACACUGGUCUGUUGCAUCAUAAAGGAGACAAGGUGAACUUCUCCUCACGUUUCGGCCAGGGCUCAAUCAUCGGAGUGCACCUGGACACAUGGCACGGAACACUCACCUUCUUUAAGAACCGCAAGUGCAUAGGCGUGGCAGCUACGGCGCUACAGAACAAGCGUUUCUACCCCAUGGUGUGUUCCACAGCAGCCAAGAGCAGCAUGAAGAUGAUCCGCUCCUGCUUCACGCCCACUUCCCUGCAGUACCUGUGCUGUGCCCGCCUCCGCCAGCUCCUCCCUGAGUGCCCAGACACCCUGAGCAUACUGCCGCUGCCCCCUGGCCUGCGCCACCUGCUGCACAAUAAGCUGGGCUGGGUCCUCAGCCUCAAUAACGGCCUCCUGGGGGCCCCAGAGGGGGAGGAAGGGAGGGUGGGGGGCUUGGGGUCUGACUCACCCCCUACGCCCCCCUUGGCCGGGGCCUUGUCCUCUGAAAGCGAUGACUCUGAGGGGUGUUCGUCGGACCCUGAGGCGUGUCAGAGGAAGAGAUGUCGUUGGACGUGACGGGAAUCCGACGUGACCCCCAAUAUAAACACAUGGGGUAUGUCCUAAAUGACACCCUAUUCCCUAUAUAGAGCACUACUGGUCAAAGGCCCAUAGGACUCUUGUCAAUAGGGUGCCAUUUGGAUGCAGCCAUGAACUGGACUGAAUCCCUGCCCCCUCCCUGAGACACACUCAAGUUAUAAUCCCUUACACACAUACACACGCACACACGUUACCGUUAAUGGGUGAACCCAGGACCUGGGGACAGUGUUAUGGAAACAUUUUAAUCAAGAUCAAACAAAGACCUAUGGCCAAACUUCAGUGUACAUUAACAGUAUAUGCAACAACAAUAAUGACAUGGAAUCAAUGAAAAGAGACCAAGUGCAGCAUUAUGUGAAUUCUCACCAUGCGUUCUCCUUGUACAUGAAAAGCUGGUUGGAUUGCUAUAGGAGUGGCCCGUAAGGCCAUAUUUUAAGUUUCUGUUUUAGCUGACCGAAGAACGAAAGUUGAGUCCAGAGAGUUGUCAAAAUGUCCUCUCCAAGACAUGUAUUUGUUACAUUUAUAUGUUCUUGCUCUGCAGGUAUUACACAGUUCAAGUAAUCAGUUUGACAGUUAUGAAUACUCAGUGAAACAAAGUUAUUUUGUUGUUAAAACACAUUUGUUUCGGAGCAGGAACAAACUUUUAUUCUUUAUUUUAUUUAGAUCAGCUUGACAAUGUAUUCCCCUGAAUUAUUUUUGUCAUAUCGACACCAGACAUUUUUAUUUAUUUUUUUAACAAAUGUUUUAGGGGGGUUCUGAUUCAUUUUUCACUCAAUACUGCUGUCGUAUUAGAUAUUGGUUGGGGGAGUGAUGACUGUUAUACACACCCUCUAUGUUGAACUGUGAGUUGUCAUGCACCGUUCUUAUACUGACCUCCCUGUUAUGCUCUCCUUCUGCUUGAUGGUAGACUCAUGUCUGUUAGUCAGACAGACAUUUGAUUUAGUUGUCACCCCUGUGCAUACAAUGGUUGGGCUGCAGACAGUGUACUGAAUAAAGAAGGCAAAGGGGGUAGAAAAGUGGUGUCCACAUAUUAUAAUAAAUGUGUUAUUAUUUUUCAGUGUA